GACCAUGUCAAACUCUUGGGUGCACCACAAUUUAAUUCUUCGUGGACCUGCACCAGUACUUGCGCAGCAGUACACUAGCAUGCAGGUGGCGACCUUCUACCUGCCCUAUUGCGGUCACGACGACCUCUUCUCGAGCAGCUACGUUCGAUGUCAAAAGUCCAGUGGGCACAAGAUUCUACGCUGCUUUCCACACUGCUGUCCUCGCCAUGUCCACUACCGCAACUGCGGCACGGCCAUCCGCAUCGCAGUCACCUCAACCAUCGAGGCGCGGGCGUUUGCUGCCUUUGGUCUCGCCACCGAGGUCCGCCCACGCGUCGGCGACGUCAUCUACCUCGACGACUUGCGAGUUCGAUCGCACGAGAGCCCGCUCGCGACGCACCUCGAAGGUUCGCGUCUCGACGAGAACGGCCACUUUGAGUUUGAUGAAAAGCAAGCCGAUGGCUGGCACUAUGGCUGGAAGAGUGGGCGCAGUAAGGCCCAGCGCGACCUCCUCCACGUCCUUUGGGCGGUGGUGCUCCACCCAGUUGAUGCGCACCGGUGGACGGUCGUCGCGGUUGCCAUCUCGACGCCGUUCACGAUCGUAUCCUACCGCGGCGAGCACAACAAGAAGAAGAAGCACGCGCAGAGCAUUCCCCGGCGCCUCCAGCGACCGGCGUCACCAUCAUUGUCGGACGACGAACGUGAUGCGUCGGUGUCAUCACUCGAUCGCUUGCUUCGUUUUCUCGGCGACUACCGGCUCGAUACGGCACCACGGGACGUGCUCCGGGGCAUCGAAGCUCGGCUGUUGGUCAUGCAUGGCCUUCACGCGCUACCACUGCUACCCGCCGCGACCACUCGCCCGGGGCUCACCGUACCCGACCAUGUCACGAGCAGCAUGGUGGUGGCUUUGACACUCGCCCAUCCUCUCUUUCUGUCGCGCGUCAACGACUAUCUCUUGGCGCACGCCGAGGCGGUGCUCAACAAGGCAGCGCUCAGCCGGGUCUCGGACUCGCUCUUGCAUCGUGUGCUUGUGCCCUACCUCGACGCCGAGCUCCAGGCGUCGUGCGGUGUCUCGCUCACCGACGUGGCCGACACCAUCAGUGCCAGCACAAGCAGCUACGACGGUUUCACCCCGCGCUUUAUCGCGCAGCUCCGGGAGGCGUACAUCACGACGCAGUCGACGCUGGUGCGCCUCGAGCUCACACCGGUGCAAACACCUCUGGACGGAACGUGGGUCUGGUCGUCAGCCGACAUGUCGGCGCUCGAUGCCUUGCCGUGGACGCUACCGCACUACCUUCGGUACCUCGCGAACUCGGGCUCGUUUACCCAGCGCCUUGUCGGACACACACUUCAAGUACAUCGACAAAGCCUUCUACUUGUAUGUGGGUUUACAUUCGUACAUCAACUCUAGAUGCAGUCGACGCCAGCCGCCUUUUCCACCGUCCCGUGCGAACUCGUACUUGAUGGCGAUGUGCGUAGUUUGCGCGUCUUGCCGUCGGGCGAGUCGUGCAUGGGCCAAGUAGCUGUCGACUAUACUGGCUGCCUCGUGGCCGGGAAGGAGCUCCAGCUGCGGCUCUUUCUCUACGAACGAAACCGGUCGUCAUGCUUUCUGGCAACGAUGCGUGUCUGGCCGAGUAGCGAGUACGCCCUUGUGUAUCGAGUGCAGCUAGAGCGGGCGUGCCUCGACGACGCUGCGCUUUUGGACGUACGUGCGUCGUUGCGUGUCGCUGCACUGGGCGCCACCGAGCCCCUCGGCACCUUCCUAUCAACCUACCAUCGUGCGGCUGAGCAUCUAUAAACGAUAGCGUGACUUGUAACGAACGGGGUGGGUCAUCGCAGAUGGAAGUUGGUACAUACGACGCAGAUGUGUGAAGCUUCUGCACUGGCCGCCGAUGGCCACGACCCGCGCGGCUAUACACCCGGUGGCAAGCGCGCGACACUCGGUUCAAGAAUGUGGUGUUGAGAGUCCGGGUUUAUGCGCCGUCGUCGUUCUGAUAGCAUACAUUAGAGCAUCCCCAG